AUGCCGCCCAAGCUGACGGACGACACACCUGUUACUUUCCUGGAGCACAAUCCAAAGCGUGCGGGAUCCAAGGCUCAUGAGCGGUUUCAGCGCUACAAAGUCGCGAAAACAGUAGCGGAGGCGCUCCGACUAGGUGCAAGCCGAAGUGACAUCACAAACGACAUCAAGGCUGGAUUCUGCACCUCGGGCGCACUUCCUCCCAAGGAGGCCCAGAAGAGGCCCCUGGAUUCUGGCCCUCUACCGAAGGCGAAGGUGCAGCGUGAGGAGGGAAGACAGCCCGUGUCAAUACCGGAGCCCUCUUUGCCGGAGCCUUCUCGGGAGCCUCCAGAACCAAGCAGCUCAUCGAUGCCACGAGAGCAGGAUGCUUCCAAACCGCAGCCGCUUCAGCAAGUGGACUUGUCUUUUGCGAACAUGUCGGGCAAGCCAAUGCGGUAUGUGAAGCGGACGAUGGGUGAGGCCAAAAGGCUCCUGAGUCCUGAAGGGCUUGCCGAAGCAGAGAAAAGUGGCUACCGCUUCUGCUUGAAAGACAAAGAGAAUCUGGCUCGAUGGUUCGUCCAACUCAGGGACAUCAACCCAGACGGCAAGCUCGCAGCGGACCUUAAAAAGCACAACUUAGAUGCUAGCAUAGACUUAGAGCUGGUGCUGCCGGAUGGUUUCCCCAUGGAGCCGCCUUUUGUUCGGGUUGUGUAUCCACAGCUCAAAGGUGGCUUCGUGUUUGAGCGUGGGGGUAUUUGCUUUGAGCCACUUACACAGAAGGGCUGGGCUCCCUCCAUGACUUUGCCAACACUGGCAAUUGCCAUCAAGGGGAUCCUGGAUUACGGGGACGUGCGGAUCGCUGGGGUUGGGGACAGAGCCAACAGAACUGUGGCUCAUUACACAGAGGAGGGCGCUCGCAAGGAUCACACAGCCAUAUCAGCUGCCCACCGUGGGGGGGAGAGCAAUACUUAUGGCAAGAACUACACCAGUUGA